CCAAACUAAAGAAUGAUUCCGGAAGAAAGUCAAACGUCACUUUUCGUCUCAACUUCACUCGAGUGUGCAGUGUUUUGAUUGUGAAAAGUCUUAUUUCCUCAAUUUUCUCCCCGAAAACCACAUGAAAAUGUCGGCAACAUUCAGAUUGGCCAAGCAGAAGUACUCUCAAAAUGACCUGAGACGCCUGAUGAACGAGCAGAAGCAGAAAUCUCAGAAAGAUCGGCCAAAAAUCGACUCGCCACUAGCAAAGUAUAACGAAUUAGGUCAGCUCACCUGUAUCCUGUGCCAGAGUGUGGUUCGAUCGGAGGAUGUCUGGAAAGUGCAUAUCAACGCCAAGGUUCACAAAGAGAACGUCGAGAAGGCGAAAAAGCUGAAGGAAGAUACCCAGAAUUUCCAGAUGCCUGCUAAGCGCCCUGCUCCACCUUCAGCGUCAGCAGAUCCUCAACCAGCCAAGAAGCUCAAGGGAAUCCUGAAGAAUCCAAAUCCUCCAUCGCAGGGACAACAGGUCGUUUCCGGAGGGGAAAAACAGCCAUCGAAUUCUCUUCCGAGUGACUUCUUUGACUCCUCCAAGGGCAAAUCGAAGAGUCAAACACCAGACAAGGCUCAGGAUGCUGAAGAGAAGAUGGAUGCUGAGCCUGCGGCGAAGGAGGAGACACUUCCGGAAGGCUUCUUCGAUGAUCCUGUGAAGGAUGCAAAGGCGAGGAAUCAGGAAUACAAAGAUCCCGUUGAGGAGGAGUGGGAAAAGUUCCAGAGGGAGAUUCGAGACGCUGCUACAGAGUCCAACGCUAUCAUUGCCGAAGACCAGGAGGAGUCAACAGCGGAGAGGCAAAUUGUGGAGAUUGACGAGCAGAUUCGCAACUGGUCGCGAGUCCUGGAGAUUCAGCGGAAGAAAGAGGCCACGGCAGCGGAAUUGGAGCUUUCAAAGAAUAGAAACAUGGAUGUUGAUGAUAAUAGCAGCAGCGAAGGAGAGGAAGCUGAGGAGUUUGACGAAUUUGUCGACUGGAGAUCCAAGAAAUCCCAUCGAUAGUCAGUUGUUGCCGAUUUUUAUUCACCCGGCGUCUCCAUUGCAUCACCAGGCGUCCCCAUCCGAAAGGUGAGCUCCAAAAUUUACACGAAUUUUGAGCUUUGCGAGUAAAUAUUUUGAACGGAA